UGGGAAUAGGGUUGCAAAACCAAAGAAAAUGGGGUAUUAAAUGGGAAUUAGAAUUAGGAGGCGAAUUGGGUAAUUUCAGUUGGGAGUCGCCCUCCAAAAAGGACUCGUGGAGGCUGGGUCUGUGCGCUGCGUGGAAGACAGGUGACACGGCAAUGACCGCAACAAUGAAUAGAGCUUCUCCCUUCUUGUUUAUGGAGGAUCUUCAACUUCAACCCUCGCCUCAAUCCUACUUCUUCUACCUUUUGAUUUCCAACACACUUCUGAGAUCUGUCUGAUUAUCGAUUUCAGAUAAUUGGCUUGGCUUCUACGUACAUGGCGGACGUCGCUAAGGUGUUGUAUGUUGUGAUUUUGGAUCAUGAAGAACAAGAAAAGGAGGAGAAGGAGUCGUUCCGGUAUACUCGCCCCGUUUUGCAAAGCACUCUGCAGCUUAUGGGUUGCAAAGCACGACAUGCUUUCAAGAUAAGCCAAAGGGCUUUUGAGUUGAUGCGGAAAGGUCAUGGUGUGCUUCCUGAAGGGUCUGGGACAAGAUUUUCUGAAAAAGAAUGUGUUAAUAAUUGGGAUGUGCGUUUUGCUGAAACUGAGGUUUGGAAACCUCUGAAAUCAUGUAAAGAUGGUGAAAAUAAAAACAUUCCGUUUGAGCUAUAUAAAAGGCGCACAACUCUGAUUGUAAGAAGAGCAAACUUCUUAGAUGUUGUAUGCAAAGCGCUGGCAGAAUACAAGUAUGUGAGUCCCAACCAGAGGGCUGACUUGCUUUUAGCAUGCAGAAUCCGAGAAAGGAAGGAAUCUGUAACUGUAUUAUUAUGUGGUACUAGUGGCUGCGGCAAAUCUACCUUGUCUGCCCUGCUGGGUAGCAGGUUAGGCAUUACGACAGUAAUAUCAACUGACUCAAUUCGGCACAUGAUGAGGAGUUUUGUAGAUGAGAAACAAAAUCCUCUGCUCUGGGCUUCAACUUACCAUGCUGGGGAGUAUUUGGAUCCAGUAGCUGUUGCUGAGGCUAAGGCGAAAAGAAAAGCAAAAAAGUUGGCAGGAAAUACUCAUUCAUAUCUGAAGGAUGAAGUACUGGAGAGUUCAUCCAUUGGAAGACUUGAUGGCCAACCAUCAGACCGUUGCACUGAGCUCAUCAGUCAAAAGCAGAUGGCUGUUGAAGGAUACAAGGCACAGAGUGAGAUGGUGAUCGACAGUCUUGAUAGGCUGAUUACUGCAUGGGAAGAGCGGAAAGAAUCAGUUGUUGUUGAGGGGGUUCACUUAAGCCUAAACUUUGUGAUGGGGCUUAUGAAGAAGCAUCCAUCAAUUGUACCAUUCAUGAUUUACAUCACCAAUGAAGACAAACACUUGGAAAGAUUUGCAGUGAGAGCAAAAUAUAUGACACUUGACCCAGCUAAGAACAAAUAUGUGAAGUAUAUACGUAAUAUUAGGACAAUUCAAGAAUAUUUAUGCAAGAGGGCUGAUAAGCAUCUUAUCCCUAAAAUAAACAAUACCAAUGUUGACAAGAGUGUAGCUGCUAUCCAUGCAACAGUAUUUAGCUGCCUUCGCAGGCGUGAAUCUGGCGAACAGCUAUAUGAUCCUGUGCGGAAUACUGUUCCUGUUAUUGACGAGGAAUACAGGAACCAGUGUGCUGCCAACUCAUUGAGCUCCAAGUGCAUGUUCCAACUCAUCCAGAGGAAAGGUUCCUCUAGGAAUCUGAUGGCUAUGGUUAAUACUGAUGGAUCUGUGGCUAAGGCAUGGCCUGUUGAUACAAUUGGUGAUACAAAUGGGAAGCGUUUAUUAGACCCGAGGGCUGAGAAUGGAGUGGGGAUUCCAAUGUAUGGUCCAUUGCAGAUUGAUAAAGCUGAACCUGUUAAUCUUCAAUUUGGUUUCUAUGGCAUCAGUGCUUGGCCCACUGAUGCUGGUGGGACUAGCCGUGCAGGGAGUGUUGAUGAAUCCAGGGCGGAUGGGACUGAUACUAGUAAAUACCUUUCUUCUUGCUGCAGCUCUCCAAGGUUUUCCGAUGGACCUUCCAAGGAGCUUAAGGAAGAUAUCUCAGUGCAUGGGAGUGAUGAAGAGGCUGAUGAUCCUCAAGAGCUUGGCAGCGAUGAAGACUUUAGUGAAGAUGGUGACAUUGAGAUUCACGAGGAGGAAGGCUCUGUUGAUGAAGAGUCGACAAAAUCAGAUGAAGAAUAUGAUGAUCUGGCAAUGCUGGACAUGAACGAUGGAUCCUGGUCGGGUGGUGAUGACAUGGAGUAUAUGGAAAAGGCUGGAUCUGUUUCUAAGGGGCAAACGAGUGCUCGGGCAGUUGAUAAGUAUCGCCAGAACCUAGACCACUUCCUGCUCUCUAAAAGUGAGUCAUCUAAUUCACUCUGCUUAUAUUCUUCUCAUGUGAAGGAGAAAGAAAGGAAUGUACGAACUUCUGGUUCUUUGAAAAUGAAAAAACGUUCCCUUAGCAUUCCAGCCGUGAGAAAGCAAGGUUCAGCCAUCGAUGGUCCCAUACUAUCUGGAGCUCCACAGGUGUAGCUCAAGAAUUUUGCAUAGCUUUUAGUUUUUUGUUUCUUUAUUGUUCUCUCAAUGAUCUCGUCUUUACUGGAAUUAGCUUAAGACUAUGCGGGUAUAAACACACCGCACCCCUGGGUUUAAAAAAUGUACAGAGUGGUGCUCCUUGUAAUGGACUUGCUUCGUGGUGUAGCGUCCUUUUGUGUAUGUAUACAUAAUAUCCAGAUCUAUAUUAGGUAAAAA